AUGGUCGAGAUACCGGCAGGGCUAGACCAGACAUUUAAUGCGAUCCUUCACAGGAUUGACGCACAAUUGGAGAGAAGUAGAACACGAGCAAGGAAGGCGUUAAUGCUCAUCCACGGUGCCCAAAGACCAUUAUCGUCAAAAGAGUUAAUCCAAGCCCUUGAUAUGGAUUCUAGAGGCGAAAUUAGAGCUGGCGGUCUCACAACGGAUACUAUACUGGAUGAAUGCCAGAAUUUUGUUGUCCUUGAUCGGAAACUUGACGUUUUCCGCUUUGCCCACUUAUCCGUCAACGAUUUCGUAAAAGAGUUGUUCUUCGAGGGCGUCGCACAUGCAAACAUGGCAGAGAUUUGCCUCGAAUCUCUUCUUUGGCAGAAAUGGCAGGUGGCACUUGUAAAAUAUGCUCUCCGAAAGACCUUUUACAACCAGGCAAAGACUCUGGUCAUUUACCAGGAGAUAGAUACACCAUGGGAUGUCGCCUGCAGAUACGGGCUGAUCGAUAUGUAUCUGCAUUUUCUAGACCUGAUAAGAAGCUCAAGCACUUUUAAAACAGAUAUUGAGCGUGGAUUGUGCUUCGCGGCAGCUUUCGGUCACGAAAAUAUAUCUCAACGACUUCUGAUGAUGCUCAACUUAGAUGUCAACACAGAUGGCGGGCUACCUGGGGGUAAUAAACCACUCGGUUACACAACCUGGUAUGGGCACGAGGCGAUAUUCAAAAUGCUGUUAGCGAAGGAGGAGAUCGAUGUCAACUCCAAAAGUAGUGCUGGAGAUACCGCACUCAUUUUGACAGCAAAAGAAGGGCACGAGACAAUUGCCAAGAUGCUUCUCGAGAGGCAGGACAUCGAUGUCAACUGCAAAGGUGAUUAA